CAAUGGCGGCAGCGCAGGACGCGUCGCCUCAGCCCCAGGCGCUGCCGGCGAUGCGGUGGCGAUACGGCGACGUCGACGACGGCAACUUCGCGGUGCGCGGCCGCGCGGUGCCGCUCCUCGUGGCGCUCGCCUUGGUCUUCCUCUGCUUCUUCGCCUUCGGCCUCUACGUCCGCUGGGCGUGCCACCGCUACGGCGGCCGUGGCACGGCGCCGAUGCCGCGCACCACCAGCUCCAACCCGUCCUCGUCGUCGCACGCUGCGCCGCCCGCGGCAGAUCAUUCGUCGGCCUCCUCGGUGACGACCGGCCUCGACGCUGCCACGAUAGCGAGCCUGCCCGUGACGCUGUACCGGCCCGUUGCGUCGGCUGGUGAUGGGAACGCGCAGUGCUCGAUAUGUCUCGGCGAGUUCGAGGAGGGGGAGAAGGUGAGGUCGCUCCCGCCGUGCGGGCACGGCUUCCACCCGGGGUGCGUGGACGCGUGGCUCCUCUCGCGGCCGAGCUGCCCGCUGUGCCGGAGUUGGCUUUUCCCGGCCGCCGCAGCCACCACCAAACCAGACGCUGUCGGGAGUGAUGCCGUCUGACAAUACUCGUGCGCCGUUACGUUGCAUUGCACCUGUCUGUGCCUGCGCCGGAGGAUGAUGACGCGGUGGGGGAAGUGAUUAAUUGUUCUAAUAGUUACUUAGUUACUGAUCUGUACAUCGGUUAGUUUUUUAUCACAUGGUUUCGUUUACAUGCAACCUUUCCUGAUAUUUGGCAGUUCCUGUGUUGAAUUUGCGAGAGACGACGAGAAGGCGUUCUCUGUUUUAGAUCGCUGCCAAGAGACAAGUGAUGCACUUUAGCUUUUAGCUACUCGGAUGUCGGUAUUUUGGGCAAUUUCACUAUUCUUAACAAGGUACCUUAAGGUACUGACGUACAGUAUUUCUUCUAUCAAAAUUUUACACUCAUUUUGGUAACCAAAAGUAUCAAGGACCAC